UGCUUGUUCUGGUCUUCGCACUCUUUCCUUUUCCGUCGGUUGGGUUUGGUACUUCGAUCAUUGGCCGCUCAUUGCCAUAGAAAAAAGAUUACCCAAUGCCCGUUGCUCAUUGGGGAUCGCCGAUUACUGUAAUAAUGUUUAAUAGUCUACUUUAGUUUUAGUCGUGGUAUACUGCUAUCCAUAACUACUAUGCUUCCGUUAGGGUCUCGUAUUUGUACCCGCUAUACGUAGGACGCAAAUUUAUUAUUAUUUAGUAUGUGAAACGGUUUUUAUUUUUUUUUAGCUUUCGCACUACGAUUUUUAUCCUCAAUUUAUAUAUUAUUUUUAAAUCCAGCAGAGUGAAAAUAACACGUCUCUUUCCUUACGAUGAAUCGCUCGAAUUAUAAUCAGAAUUACAAAUUGGUAGUCGUCGGAGGCGGUGGUGUUGGGAAGUCGGCAAUCACUAUACAAUUCAUACAGAAAUACUUUGUGACAGACUAUGAUCCAACAAUUGAAGAUUCAUACACAAAACAAUGCGUAGUUGAUGAUGUUCCAGCAAAAUUAGAUAUUUUGGAUACUGCUGGACAAGAAGAAUUCAGUGCCAUGAGAGAACAAUAUAUGAGAUCUGGUGAAGGGUUUUUGUUAGUGUUUUCUGUAGCUGAUAAAACUAGUUUUAAUGAGAUGGAAAAAUUUCACAGACAAAUACUUAGAGUUAAAGAUAGGGACGAAUUUCCUAUGUUGAUGGUUGGAAACAAGGCAGAUUUAAGUAGUCAAAGAAUGGUUUCUAUACAAGAUGCGCAAAGUAUGGCCAUGCAACUGAAGAUACCUUACAUAGAAUGUAGUGCAAAAGCAGGGAUGAACAUUGAUCAAUCAUUCCAUGAACUUGUUCGAAUUGUAAGAAGGUUUCAAUUAUCUGAAAGACCACCAAUUAAAUCUACGCCGCCGAAAAGUUCAAAAAGGUGUUCCAUACUUUAGCAGUUUAUGCUGUCUAAAUUACAGUGUGGGUAUGUUUACAUACCAGCCCGCUCUUAACUAAAUCGUUGUGUUCCCAAUUAUUGUCAAUUUUAACCAUUCACGUUUAAAACCAAUAUUUUUCACAGUAUUAAAUAUUAAUAUCUAGUCGUACACCAAUUGUACAUCUGAACAAAUCCGUUGACAUACAAUUAACAUGUAGGGUAUUAAAAUUUUUUUUUCGUUAAUACGUAACAUUAGUUUUAAGCAUCCAAUAGGAUAUUAAGUCAAUUUUAACAAUAAACACUUAUUUUGUUGGUAAAUAAUUGUUGGAUUGUUGUUUUCUUGAAAAUGACAAACUUAAUGCAUAUUAACAAAUUUUGGCUACUCAAAAAUAUUAAUAUAGUAUCAAACCUUCUAAUAUUUUUAUACCCAUACAAAAAAUAUGAACUAGUUCGAUCUUUAUCUCAAUAUUUCCUCCACACCCCCCCCCCCCCCACCCCACCCCAUCUAACCCACAAAAAAUUAUUUGAUGGAAUAUUUUUUCAUAUGUCAACUUUGGUGCAAACUACUUAAAUCUUGUUGCUUAGAAAGAAAUAUAAUACAAAAGAGUACCCAUAGGUGAAUGCUAUUACAUUAUCAGUUGUCAAAAUUGUGUAUUUUAAUAUUUAUUUGUUAUGUAUUUCAUUUGGUUUGAUAUUUUUCAAAUUAUGUUCUUAAUGUGUUUUGUAUUAACAAAAUAAUAAUCAAAAAUACAAUAUUUAAGUAACUUUUAAAUGUUACCUAUUAUUUAUUUGUUCUUUAACAAAACAAGAUUUGUUUAUUUUUGUAUUAUAAUGGUUUAUAAAUAAAUUAUAUAUUUUUAAUAACUUGUACUUAUAUUAACUUGUAGGUACAUAAUGAUAUGCUACAUUAUAACUUUUUUCGUUGUUGUAAAAUACUUAACAAAUUAUUAUGUUUGGAUAAUAUGGAUACAAGAUCUUAAUUAAAAUAUAAUGUCAAACAAACAA